AUGGGAAUGGAGUUGGAAUUGGGACUGGGACCGGGACCGGGACCGGGACCGGAACAGAAACUGUCUGUCCGAACCGCCGCCCUGGUGACUGGAAUUGCCCUUCCUGCGGCUUCCGGAAUUACAAAUGGCGGACCAACUGCUUUCGCUGCGAUCCUCCGUCCUCGUCGAGCAACUACACAGAGAGUCAUAGACACUCGCCCACACGUAGCGCCUGCUACUGGCGGACUUGACGGCGGACAGGGGCUUUCGGUUAGCAUCUGGGCUCCAAAGAAUGCUGGAAAGAGACAGAAUACGGCCGGCAGUAGGAAGGUCUGGACAAGAACAGUUCCCCAGCCCGUCAGUACCGGUACCUCCAGCCUGCCCCACGAACCUACCCCGAAAGUUUCCGACCUAGGCCUUCCAUACCAAGUUCAACAUUACAUCCUCGUAAUGAUUGAAUGGAUGCUCGAGGAGAGCUGCUACGAAUUUGCGUCCCGCUGGAUCCCAGAGAUUCUCUGUGCCAAAGGCUGGGAUUGUGCCGAAGCCGUGGAAUUGUCCACUUGGAAAUGUCUCCUCCCAACUGCUCUACCGCCAAACGCCACUAGGCCGCUGUCAAAUAACACUUUGGAAAAAGCUUUAGCAGACGCCGUGCGGAUUCGGAACUCCGCGGUGCAUCGGCACUUGUGCAACAAUGAUGAGAUGCGGAAAAUGGCUUUGCAGGCCCAGGAUUUGAUGUCCAUGUUUUGUGAUCAAACGAGGCAGGAUAAAUUUUAUCGGUUGUGGUCAGAGUUGAAGGAAUGGGAGGUCGCUAGCACGGUGAAUGCCAGCGCAGCUAGGGCGAGGUUGGAAGCGGCCCUGCAUGAGAUAAGCGAAAGGCCUGUGGAUGAUAUGGACUGGACGCCCAACGCCAAGUCAUUGGAAGAAGUUUCGUUCAGGGUAGAGUCUGACCCGGAAGACUACGAGGAAGCAGAUGCAAUGGAAUUGGAUUGA